ACUCUGGACAAACUGUGAUUAAUUGCGAUUAAAAAAUUUAAUCGCCUGACAUCUCUAACAAAAAUAUUUAUAUUUUGCAGGACAUGACUGAAAAGAGCAUUGGUGGGCCCUCAGCUGCCCCUGCUGAGGAGGCACCACGCACCUCCACCCCUAUUUCUUUUAUGUCCCCAUCCCCUCCCACUCUGUCACCCGUCCGUGCCCCUUCCCCAGUACCUGCCCUUUCCCCAAACCCUCGAGCUUUGACCCCGCCCUGUCCACCCUAUUCCCCUCUUAGCUGCCUAUCCUCCGGUUCUUCAUCCCCGUUGCCCUGUGGCCAACCCAUGGCUUCCUCUCCUGGGUCUGAGUCACCCCCAACGCCUCCGCCUGCAUCCCCUCUGGCCUCUCCAGCACCCCCAACAACCCCGCCUGCAUCCCCUCCGGCCUCUCCAGGACCCCCAACGCCUCCGCCUGCAGCCCCUCCAGCCACUCCGCCAACCACCACGCCUCCAGCGGAAGCCCCUCCAGCCCCUAAACGCCUCAAAUGUGCCCCAGAAAACCCAACUGAACACACGUGCCCACUCUGCCGAAUUAGUUACAGAGAUAUUGGGCAACAUUUAAAAAAAUCGGAAAGAAUUAAAAAUCCCAACGAGCUUCUCCUUCUCCAAAAAUACGCCCAUCUCCAUUUUCUGUCAAACCUAGACUGUCCCCUCCCUGGCUGCAAAUCCCGCCAGGUCCAGCGCCUGGACAAGCAUCUUUCCAAAGUGCACAAAAUGCAGAAUCAUUUGGUGGGUCCAAAUGUGCUCUUAGCCAAAAGGCUGCAUGUGGCCCGGGAGCUGACCUUGCUCCGGGCCACAAAUCCGGACCCACCAAUGGUUUCCAGCCUGGACCUGGUGGACGAAUUAAAAAUUCGGGAGGUUGCAGCCAGGGAGGUGAAAAAUAUUGGCAUACAGAGGCUCCAGAGGGAGGAGGCCGACGCGGAGGCCGGUGAGGAGGCUGGCGUGGACGCUGACGGGGACGCUGGCGAGGACGCUGGCGAGGACGCUGGCGAGGUGGCUCCAGCGGUGGUCCCUCCUAUCCCAAGUACACCUCUUCCAAUUGGGGGAGACCAAGGGGCCGAACAGUCUGGCCCCAGCCACUCUGACCUGGAGGAGCGACUCCGAGUGGUCACGGGCCUCCUCCAGGAACAGAUCCGUAAAACUACUGAGCAGGAGGCCAGACUGAAAGCCGUUUCGCCCCAGGAGAGGACACAAAAGUUCGAGAGACGGAGGCCCCGGUCGCCCUCCCAGAUCCCUGCAUAUGAAAAAACCAUCGAAGACUACAGGAGGCAUAUUGAGGGGGCUUCCGCGGGCCGUAAGGACAGGGAAAAUGCGCGGCAGCGGGCCUCGCAUAUAAAGGUCUUCACAGACUUCAUGUCUGCCCCGCAGUCCCCAGCGGCAGACAUGAAGUAUUUCAAGGACAUCAAAAAAGUUUCGGAAUUUGUGCGUCACCUGCAGAGCAGGGCGUACAAGCCUACUACCAUAAAGGCCUACCUGACUGACGUGGUGGGGUACAUAAAAUAUGUUUCCAUCGUGGCCCCCCCGUCAGUCAGGAUAAGCAGCAAGGACCUGGACAGGCUACUCCUGGAGCUCCGGGCACGAAUCAGGGAAAUUGGCCGAGAGGUGGCCAACCAGCAGCUGCUGGUGAGACGCCAGAAAUCAGCUAAACUUAUCCCCAGCCGCCUGCACUCCAGGUUUAUCAAGGAGGCCCCGGACCUCAUUGAAAGCACACUUGAUGCCCUGGAGGAACACCCCCUACAUCGCGACACAGUAGCCAGAUACUUUGGCCUAGUAUCUGGCUACCUGAUCACCACCACCGGCCACCGAAAAGGGGUCCUGGUUAACCUGACGGUCAAAGCAGUCAGGGAGGCCAAGGGGCACGGGCUGGGCGGCAGGCUGGUCCACAUCUCGGAUCACAAAACACGCCGCAAAUUUAGUCCAGCCACCCUUGCUCUGACUGAGCAAGAGCAUGGGUGGCUGGACCGCUAUUUGCGCCAGAGACACCGUGUGGAUGGUGGCCUCAAGGCCACCACUUUUUUCCAUACGUGGUCGGAGCAACCCCAUGUGAAGCUCCCAGACCUUUUUAAAACGGUCUGGGAGAGCAUGGGGCUUGGGGUUACCCCGACCUUCAACCUGCUGCGAUCCUCCGUGGCCACAUAUACCAAAAGGGAGCUGGGCCGUAGGGCAUAUGAGCGUGUGGCCGCGCUCAUGUGCCACGACCCAACCACGGCCAUGAGGUUUUACCAUGCGGAGGACCCAGCAGAGGAGAUCCACAGUGGCCGUCAGAUGGCCAUCAGUGCAAUAAACAGCCAGGCACUGAAGGCUAAAAAAGCAGCUGAUGUCUCAGAUGACCCCCCCAAACGGAGAUUGAGACAAAAAAAACCCAAAAGCAAACCAGUGGCUGAAGAAAGCUCGGAGGAGCCAGAGCUUAUCUCCAGCGCCUCGUCCGCAGACUGGGAGCCCACAAAUGAGGGCUCUCAGGAGGACGACUACUCCUCUCUCUACCCUUUCCUGUCAUAGUUCCAACAUUCAAAGUCCCAACUCUCAGUCCAACACUAGUGACUUUCCUCUUCUCUCUCUCCCU